AUGUUUCCGAUGCGUUGCAGAUCGGGCAGCACCUCUCCAUCUACGGGAAAGUGGCGCCCGAACGGGUUCCCGCUCAGCGUGCCCCACCCGGAAUUCGAAGUCCUCGAUGCCGGGACAGAACGGCAGCCGGAGGUACGACCCGUAUACGGUAAGCCCGGCGAUGUAUCCCAAGCCCACCUGCGCGGCUGGGUGGCCCAGGCCCUGGAACGGUUCGGCGGGUUCCUGCCCAGCUUCCUUCCCUCGGAGGUAGCGGAACGGCAGGGGCUCAUGGACCUGCAACAGGCCCUGGAAGUGAUCCACCGGCCGGACAGCACGAUGGAACCCGACGCCCUCGAGGAAGCAAGGGCCCCGGCCCGCCGCUCCCUCGCGUUCGACGAAUUUUUCUACUUCCAACUGGCCCUGGCUUUGCGGCAGCAGCAGCGCCUGCAGACCCCCGGUUUCCGCUCGCCGGCACGGGCGGACUCGCUCACCGGCCGAAUGCGGCAGUCGCUGCCCUACCGCCUCACCGGCGGGCAGGAGCGGGUGUUGCAGGAGAUCUACCGGGACAUGGAGUCGCCCAACCCCAUGCGGCGCCUGCUGCAAGGCGACGUGGGCGCUGUUGCUGCUGGCACCGAGUUGCUCGCGGAGCAGCACUACGAAAGACUCGCAACUACGCGGAGAGUCUGGGCGUGCGCGCGGCGCUGCUCUCGGGGUCUCUUCCCGCGGCUGCCCGGAAGGAGACUCACCGAACGCAUCGGCGACGGCGAGGUGGACUUCGUGAUCGGCACGCACGCCCUCAUUCAGGAGGGCGUCUCGGUGCCGCGCAUGGGGUUGGGCAGAUCGUGA